AUGUCGUCAAGCGAUGAACUUCCCGGGAUUUUACAGGUGUCUGCCGAGCUCGCUCUCGUGCGUCAACUGCUCCGGAAAGCCGAGGUCAAGGCGCUCGAGGCGGAAGCGAACGCCGCCCGCAUCCUGGCCAUCAACGCCGACCUGCUGGCCCGCAACGCCCAUCUGGAACUGAUGAACGCGCUCAUGCGCCGCGACAAAUAUGGCGCCAAAUCGGAACGCGCGAGCCGGCUCAUCGACCAGCUCGAAAUGGCCUUCGAGGAACUGGAGGCUGAUGCCAGCGAAGCCGAAAGCCUCGCCAACCAGGCCGCCGCCAAAACCACCACCAUUGCCGCCUUCACCCGCAAGCGCGGGACCCGCCGUGACUUUCCGGCCGGGACCCCGCGCGAAGACGUGGUGAUCCCGGCUCCCGAACAAUGCCCCUGCUGUGGCUCGGCGGAGCUGAGCCAUCUGCCGGCCAGCAUCACGGAGACCCUCGAGACGGUGCCGGCGCGUCACAAGGUCAUCCGGACCGUGCGCGAGAAGGUGUCGUGCCGCCAAUGCGAGACGAUCCGCCAGCCGCUCAACAGCCAGCGCGAUCGACUGGAGGCGGAAGGCAUCCCGCUCAGCCUCUCGACGCUCGCCGACCAGAUCGGUGCGGUCUGCGCGGCGCUCAGGCCGAUCGCCCUGUUGAACGAGGCUCAUGUGCUGGCCGCUGAACGGCUUCACGCCGACGACACCACCGUUCCGCUCCUUGCCAAAUACAAGACCGAGAUCGCCCGCAUCUGGGACUAUGUGCGCGAUGACCGCCCCUUCAACGGAUCAGGGGCGCCGGCGCUCAUGUGCCGCUACUCCCGGAACCGGAAAGGCGAACAUCCCCGCGCACAUCUGGCUGGCUACACCGGGAUCCUCCAGGUCGACCGCUAUGCCGGCUUCAACCAGAUGUUCGAGCCCGGGUGGGCGGACAAGGCCAUGACCCGCGCCAACUGCUGGGCGCAUGGCAGACGCGAACUGUUCAAACUGGUCGAUGUGGCCGGGCAGCUGAAGCGCAAGAAGGAAGGGAGCGUGCCCCUCAUCUCUCCCCUUGCGCGGGAAGGGCUGGAGAUGAUCGACGAGACUUCGCCGCCGAGCGGGAUAUCAUUGCGCCAGACCCUCUCCCGGCACGAUCCCGUGGCCAAGGCCAUCGCCUACUUCCUCAACGACUGGGAGGGCUUCACCAGCUUCCUGGAAGAUGGCCGGAUCUGUCUGACGAACAAUGCGGCAGAGCGACCGCUGCGUAGCGUCGCCCGGGGCAGAAAAGCCUGGUUGUUCGUCGGUUCCGACCGGGGCGGAGACCGCGCCGCGAUGCUGUUCAGCCUGAUCGGCACCUGCCGGCUCAACGACGUCGAUCCGCUCGCCUGGCUCACCGAUGUUCUCGCGCGCAUCGCCGAAAUCCCGCAAACCCGUCUACACGAGCUCCUCCCAUGGAACUGGAAACUGCUCCGGAAUAACGACCCGGCAGAAUUAGCCGCCUGA